CCGAGAACUAAGUGCUGAACGUUCACAGAAGUCUGGUUCCAAGAACUGCUUUCAGACGGCACUUCCAAGAAAAUAUACCAGAGUGCGUCACCAUGAGCGGCGCAGAUGAUGGCUGCAUCCAGUUCACCCGCCAUGCGGGUGACGUGCUCUUCAACCUCAACCGCCUACGAAGCAGGCAUAUCCUCACCGAUGUCAACAUCCUGGUUGGGGGACAGGAGUUCCAUGCGCACAAGACCGUGCUCAUGGCAUGCAGCGGCUUCUUUUACACUAUGUUUGUAAACAAUCAAAAAAGCGAUCAGACUGUGGUUAGCCUGGAUCUGAAGGUAGACCCCAAUGGCUUUGCCAUACUCCUGGACUUCAUGUACACUUCUCGCCUGACCCUCAACGAACACUUCAUCCUGGCCACUCUGACUACAGCCAUAUAUUUGCAAAUGGAGCACAUGGUGGAGACCUGCGAAAGGUUCAUGGAGUCUAGGGGCUUGUGUGUAAAACAGCACAGAGCUGAAGCAUCAUCUAGCCCUGAGCCCUUACCUCAAGAUAUCAUCUUCAACCUCAGAGAGGUUUCAAGGAACGCUUUGGCCGACAUCAUGAGCCUCGACCCUCCAGUCUUGCACUAUGCAGUCAGUACCUCCACCAGCAGCCCCAUGCGCUACUAUGGCCACCUGCCUCUUUCUGUGGGCAGACCCUCUGACGCCAGCCCACUGUUCCAGCAGGGCCUGGACACUAGUGCCAUAACCCAGGGACGGCCUUCUCCCCCAGAAAGACAGGACUACAAACGAAUGAACAGCUCCGGCGUCUUCCCUGCCCACCAGCCCAGCCGUCCCUCGGUGGUCCUCCAGAUCCCGCCCUCCAUGUCCCGGCCGGAUCAGGGACACCCGAGGGGCCUCGCUGGGACAAAGGUGGAGGAGGAGGAGACAGAGAGCUUUGGCCAUUCGCAGGCAGUUGGGCCGCACAGCCCGCUGAAGUCAGACUGCCAGCCCAACUCGCCGGCGGAGUCCAGUGGCUGCAGCCGGGAGACGGUGGACCCUCAGAGACUCGUUGGUGGGUCCAAGGUCCACAACUGGAAGAAGUACAAGUUCAUCACACUUAACUCAUCUGAAGGAGAGGAGCACCAUGGAUCAGACAGCCCCUCCUACACUGUCCUAGAACCCACCACCAAGUGUAGGGAACACCUAGCCAUGAGCCUCUCGAAUGCUACCAGCAGCUCUGGGGAAGAAUGCGUUCAAAAUGCUCGGGUUGAUAGCUCUCUCUGCAUAGCCACGCACAUUCAGGGAGAGGAAAGCAAUAUUGACAUCUCUCAGGCAAACCACGAGAGCAGCAGCCUUGUCUGUAGCCAGUGUGGUUCCCGAUUUGGGAUGAGCUCUGAGAACCACCAGCGCCUCCAGCGGGGCAAACCGUACAGGUGUGACCAUUGCCAGACUGCCGUCACCUAUAAAGGCAAUCUCAACAGCCCCAAGUCCACCAGCUCAGGUGAGAAACCUUACCGCUGCGGUGUGUGCGGCGCGCAGUUCAACAGACCGGCGAACCUCAAGACGCACCUGCGCAUCCACUCAGGGGAGAAGCCAUACAAGUGUGAGACGUGUGGCGCGUGCUUCGUCCAGGUUGCUCACCUGAGGGCUCAUGUGCUGAUCCACACGGGCGAAAAACCGUAUGCUUGCAACGUUUGUGCCACCCGCUUCCGGCACCUGCAGACACUCAAGAGUCAUCUGCGCAUCCACACAGGCGAGAAACCAUACCGCUGUGAGACGUGCGGGCUGCACUUCCGGCACAAGAGCCAGCUCCGCCUGCACCUGCGACAGAAGCACGGCGCUGUGACUAACAGCAAGGCCCUGCACUCGGGGCCCCAGCGCUAAGCUGCCCUGGGCCUCCACAGUCAAAACAAAACCAAAACAAGAGCACAGUGUACACAGACUGAAGCAAAAUACACUUUGCAUAGUGCAAUGUUCACGGUAGAUGUAUGGAGUGUUAGGGAUUUCAGUGUAUUUCUCCUCCACACACCUGUGCUCAUCCAUCCUUCACUUCACCUGGUACAUAAAGGUAGAGGGAAUCAGGCUCUGGUUCAGUCAAACCUUUGUUCAAUAUUGUAGAUGGGUUUUCUGCACAUUUUAUAACUGAGUGGCUCUAAAUAUACGUUACAUUCACCCCCCGGGUAAACCAGACCACAGCUGUAUGUAUUAUAAAGGUGAUGUCCCAUAGUUAUUUUUCUGUACAUGAAAUCAAAUUACAUUUAUUUUUGGAACUGUUGAAUGUGGUACACAUUAGG